UCACCACCAAACCUCUAUAUGACACAAGUAUUCGUCCUUUAUGAGUGUAAAGUACCGUAGAAUGGUCUCGUCGCUGCCAAACCUCUAAUACGUUGUUGUCGAAAAAUACUGGUCAAAAUGUUUCUCUGGGAUUGGAUCACUGGUGUACUGGGGUAUCUAGGUCUGUGGAAGAAGAGUGGUAAGCUCCUUUUCCUGGGUCUCGACAAUGCAGGAAAGACCACUUUACUCCACAUGCUCAAGGAUGAACGGAUGGCACAGCACGUGCCCACCCUCCACCCAACCUCGGAAGAGCUGAAUAUCGGACAGAUUAAGUUCACCACAUUUGACCUGGGUGGCCAUCACCAAGCCCGACGAGUAUGGAAGGAUUAUUUCCCAGCAGUAGAUGCCAUUGUCUUCCUCAUAGAUGCAGCAGAUCGAAGUCGUUUUCACGAGUCAAAGGCUGAAUUGGACUCCUUGCUGACUGACGAGCAGCUGUCUAAUGUCCCAGUGGUUAUUCUCGGCAACAAGAUUGAUAUUGCAGGGGCUGCAUCAGAAGAUGAACUUAGGCAUUAUUUCGGUCUUUUUGGCCAGACCACAGGGAAGAACAAAAUUCCUCGGAACGAACUCCCAGGCCGUCCGCUGGAACUCUUCAUGUGCUCGGUCCUAAAGCGGCAAGGAUAUGGAGAAGGGUUCCGUUGGAUUGCUAAUUACAUUGAUUAAAUUUCAAAACCAUUAGGACCAGGAUGUAAUAAGACUCGAAAGAUCAACAUGCUAAGGUAUUCCUAUCCACACAGACUAUUUCUUUGAUCCUACAUCAGUAAAAAGGUGGAUGGCCAAACUACAUUAGUACUUGGUGACGAUGAGAGGGGAAAAAAAGUUUAAUGGGGAGGGGAAGAGAAAAUCCUGUUGCUCAUCAUCCCUGUACGUGCCACAGAACUAACCAAGUGCUUUUUAUACCAGAACGACGAGACAAGACGGCAAAUUAACACCCCCAAUGCCUGUCGCUUUUAUUUCACACUCCUCUUAUGAAAUGACAGAAACUAGAGUGAAAGUGCAGUCCUGUUGGUCGACGGAGACACUUAAUUUUUUGUACACGUGUAGCUAUCCAGUGUGAGCUCCUUAACACCUGAACUACUUUCCUGGUCAUAUAAGCAGUUCAUUCCCUUUUUGUAGAGUUGAAUCUUUUCAGUUCCCAGUGGUCUAACAGUGCUAAAAAUGUAUUAAACCUGUGAUGUAUGAAAGGCCCAUUAGUAAUGUCAACCUUAUGAAAGAGAGACUCGAUCCACGGCAGAGUUCUGUGAUUAUUUCGGUAAAGGCUGCAUCACUGUGCGAGUCCAGUGAUGGUGUGAACAUAGUCAAGAGUGGGUGAAGGUAGGAAACCAGUGAUGCAGAUAUUUUUUUUAUUAUUAUUAUUAUUGUUAUUAUUAUUAUCAUAAUGGAAAGUCAUCACAGUAAAAUAGAUAAACAAAGAGGAAAGCUCAUAAGUUUUGGCAAGUUGACAUUCUUCGGCAGUGAAAACCAGAAGGGAUGAUUCUUGCAGAUCAUGCGUUUCGAGUUGAGAUCCACACAACUUCCAUGAUAAAAAAAAGAUAAAGAGUAAAAAGAGUAAUGUUAUUUUAGAAAUUUAUAAUUUUAGAUGGCUUGUAUGGAUAAAAUUUCUUUAGCCUUUUGCAGGUCAGAAUUUUCUCUUUGACUAUCUGUUAUACACGUGUAUUUAUUUAUAGAGAAAGGGAUUUUUAGAACUUAAGUCAUAACCAUUUUGUGCUGCUUCUGUUUAGUUAUGAAGCUUUGACAAUGUUAUACUCCUCAUUUAUUGAUGUAAAAAUGUCAUUUUCACUUUUCAGGUUCUGUUAUGACAUGCAAUCUUUAUAUAAUAAAACAUGGUAAUUUGA